GGCUCGCUCUUUCCCUCCCCAGAUUCUCUCCUCUAUUCCGCCUCUCCUCCUCGCUGUGCACCUGCUCCGCCCUCCUCCUCCUCCUCACUCAGAGCAGGGCUCCGUCCCCGCCAAGUGAUGCUCCGAGGCGGCGCUCAUCGGUGGCUUCUCACCGCCCGCUGCACGGAGGACCUCUCCGCUCCGGCUGGUUGUUUCUCCUCUGGAAAUAGCAGUGAAGGACCGCACAACAUGGGAAUGUAACCGGGCUCAUGAGAGAGUGAGCUGGAGGAGGGUAGGACGACGAAGAAGCACUCAAGUCCCAUUCGAGAGUAGAGGAGAGAGGCAGGAGGAGGAGGAGGGGGAGUCCGGGGAAACGGUCCCGCUGGGACGGGGGAACGGUUUUACGUUGUUUUAAAUGAACCUAUUUCUGCUGUUUGGUUGAGAACAUCAAAGGAUUUAAACGAAGGGUUCUUGGAGUGUCGUUCCUCUGUUUGUGAUGGAGUGAGGAGCCUAUGGUAACUUAAGCCUCGCCAUGAAAUCAGUGUUUUUCAGCCGCUUCUUCAUCCUGUUGCCCUGGGUCCUGAUUGUCAUCAUCAUGAUCGAUAUCGAUAGUAAAAGGGCGAUCCGGACUCCAGGAGUCGGGCGGACCGGGAGGGUUCAGCGGGCUGCCCGGACCGGCACACCGGGGGGGACCGGCACCCAGAACCAGUCCGCUCUCCCGGUUAUCUACGCCAUCACCCCGACUUACACCCGUCCGGUGCAGAAAGCGGAGCUCACCCGUCUGUCCCACGCCUUCAGGCAGGUGCCCCGGCUGCAUUGGAUCGUAGUGGAGGACUCGACCACUAACACGGAGCUGGUGGCGCGCUUCUUGGCGCGGUGCGGCGUGCCGUACACGCACCUGCACGUGUUCACUCCCCGCAGGUUCAAGCGCACCGGGAUGCCACGCGCCACUGAACAGAGAAAUGUGGCUCUAAUUUGGCUCCGCCAGCACCGGAACAGGCGGGACACCGGGGUGGUGUUCUUCGCGGAUGAUGACAACACAUACAGCCUCGAGCUGUUUGAGGAGUGGGGAGGAAAUGUGAUCCCUCCACCACUCGGCCAUAUGUCCAUACCACACUCUAUCAUCCGCCGACUUCAGUUCCUCCAAAAAGCCCUCCAACAACAAGUGGCUUUCAAUUUCCUGUCUCACACAGUCGGCAUGCCCUCAGCGCCAGGGUAUGAGGAACCUGGCAUGGGGCACAGCAUUUCCAAAGAGGUCUAA